GCGCAGCGAGCACAACGGCGUGGUGGAGGACCAGGAUCACGUGGAGGAACAUCACAUCUCCGGCGAACUCGUAAGACUACUGCUCGUGCACAACAAGAGCAGAGUGUUGCAAGUGGACAGGAACUAACACAAUCGAUGCAGAUUGCGACACAGGCCAGCCAAAUUACUAUAGCAGGUGUCUCCACAGGCACGCCGGUGGUCGAGCGGACCAUUGUCGUAUUCAACAAUCCUGUACAGUUCACAAAUACAGCACUAGACCUCUCCGCCGGACAAGCAGGCACUCCAACAGCUACUCAGGGCUCUAUUUCCUUAGUCCCCGACAGCCAACCAGCCCCUGAGGAUGCCCCUAUGUCCACGCCUGAGGAGGAGGCUGCUCGUGGUGAAGCAAUAGCUGUGAGGCCUUGGUAUACAGGUGUAGUUGGCGUUCCUUUCAGUCAGCAAUUGGACGGUGGCCAUCUAGGCGCCUUCCGCUGGUAGAGUAGC